AUUGAUAUCCGGCAAUAAGAGUCGCGCCUCUUCUGCGAGAGUAUUUUUGAAGCGACAGAGGCAACCAUCGCAUCGUCAAUGGCGGAGAAAAGCAAAGUUCUGAUCAUCGGAGGCACUGGCUACAUCGGAAAGUUCGUGGUGGAAGCGAGCGCCAAAGCUGGCCAUCCUACUUUUGCUCUGAUCAGAGAGAGCACCGUUGCGGAUCCUGUAAAAGCAAAGCUCGUCGAGAACUUCAAGAACUUGGGAGUCAAAUUGAUCACUGGAGAUCUUUAUGAUCAUGAAAGUUUGGUGAAGGCGAUUAAGGAGGUGGAUGUCGUGAUUUCAACGCUUGGCCAAAUGCAAUUGGCGGAUCAAAUCAAGAUCGUUGCUGCAAUCAAAGAGGCCGGCAAUGUCAAGAGGUUUUUUCCUUCGGAGUUCGGGAUGGAUGUGGAUCGACUCCACGCAGUUGAGCCAGCAAAAUCUGUAUUGGCAGUCAAGGCUCAAAUCCGUAGGGCAAUUGAGCGUGAAGGGAUUCCCUACACUUAUGUGUCCUCCAACUAUUUCAAUGGCUACUUUCUACCCAAUCUGUCGCAGCCGGGACUCACCGCGCCUCCUAGAGACAAAGUCGUCAUCCCUGGCGACGGACUCCCCAAAGUGAUUUUUAACUUGGAGGAAGAUAUUGGUACUUACACUAUCAAAGCCGUGGACGAUCCAAAAACUGAAAACAAAAUCCUCUACAUCAGGCCGCCCAAAAACACUUACUCUUUCAAUGAUCUUGUCGCACUGUGGGAGAAAAAGAUCGACAAAGUAUUGGAAAAGAUCUACGUUCCAGAGGACCAAAUCCUCAAGGACAUUCAAGAGGCUCCACUUCCAUUAAAUGUGAUAUUGGCGUUGAACCACUCGGUGUUUGUAAAGGGAGAUCAGACGAACUUCGAGAUUGAGGCAUCAUUUGGAGUGGAGGCGUCGGCGCUGUACCCAGAAGUCAGGUACACCACUGUGGAUGAGUAUCUCUCUCGAUUUGUUUGAAGGAAACUUGGGGCUGCCUUUCUUCCUCAGUUUUGUGGGUGUAUCAGUAAUGAAUCAUUAUGCAUACCAUUUGUUUCUUCUUUCCUUUGCUGAACAGUGUUAUGUUUGAUUCGUUUUUGGUUUCUUGGCUGCUGUUGUUCUAUAUGUUAUGUGUUUGAUGAUGAAUGAUAGUUUUUACUUCCACAAAUGUGAGGAUUUUGGCUCACUGGCUUAAUAAAUGGCGCCUCAAUGUCAUUCUUCUGCCAUUGAUGGAGCUUUUCCACCUUCAA